AUGCGACUGUUUCGACAAGCCUACCGGGUACGGUUUGCUCCAAGUCCAACCGGAAACCUGCACUUAGGAAGUUUGAGAACUGCUCUUUAUAAUUACCUUUUUGCUAAGCAUCACGCUGGAGCGUUUAUCCUUCGAAUUGAAGACACUGAUCAAGCAAGACUCGUGGGAUCUAGUGUUGACCAGAUUCAUAACGUAUUACAUUAUUAUGGACUCAAUGAGGACGAAGGCCCAAGGAAAGGUGGAAACUACGGUCCAUACAACCAAUCAGAACGUUUGGAGAAAUAUAAAGAUGGUGUAGAGCAACUCAUUGAAACUAAGCAUGCCUACAGAUGCUUCUGCAGUGAAGAGAGACUAUCGUUACUACGUAAGGAUGCUGCUCGUCGUAAUGCUAUUCCAAAGUAUGACAGGAAAUGCUUGAGUUUGGGGUCGCAAGAAUCAAAAAUGAGAGCAGCAAAUGGUGAGAAACAUGUCGUGAGGUUUCGAUUGGAUAAGCAGGAAGUAUCUUUUGAAGAUCAAGUCUUUGGCCAUAUAACUCAGACCUUGGAUGAGAGCGAUAUGAUUAUUUUAAAAUCUGAUGGUUUCCCUACAUAUCAUUUAGCGAACGUAAUCGAUGAUAGAUUUAUGAAGAUUUCUCAUGUGAUCCGUGGUUUGGAAUGGCUGAGCAGUACGGGCAAACAUGCGAUAUUAUACAAAGCUUUCAACUGGUCGCCUCCUAAUUUUGUUCACCUCUCCCUUAUAACACGAGAUGGAAAUAAGAAGCUCUCAAAGAGAGACAAAGACGCAUUUGUAGAUUACUAUGACAAAGAGCUAGGAGCUCUACCAGAAGCUGUUCUGAAUCUUAUGAUUCGUAAUGGGAGUGGAAUUCGUGACUUCGAAACUGAUCGACUUUACUCCUUAUCCCAGAUGAUAGAGAACUUUGACGAAUCCGUUUUGGGGAAGAGAAACCUACAGUUGGAUCUCGAUUGCUUAGCUAAUCUUAGUCGCUUAGCUUUUAGAAAUUCUUCGAAUGAAUAUUUGUUUGAAAUUAUAAAUAAUCGACUUUCGCACUCCAGUUUUCAGUAUAAAACAAACGAUGUAUUUCUUCAUAAGGUUGUUAAAUUUUUGAAGGGUAAAGAGGAGAGAUUUGCUUUCCUGUCUUCUUUGACCGAAGGAGAAUUCAAGUGGCUUCUAGCUGAACCGUCUUCAUCUUCGAAUUUGUUAGCAAAGUUCGAUAAGGAGACAGCAAAAACAAUAUUGACUUUUUUUUUAUCAACUGGCGUUUUUGAUGUCAACUCAGCUAAAAACAUAGGGGAAAUGGUAAAUCUUCCCUAUUCGAAAGUUCUUCAAGCUUUACGCAUCAGUUUGAUUGAUAGUCAUGCAGGACCACCGAUAGCCGAACUUCUGGAUUUUUUCGGAGAGAACGAAUGUCACAGAAGAUUGAAAUUGAUGCUUAAUGAUAUUAAUAAGGAAUAA